GGAAGGCACCGUCGGGAGGGAGCCCUCCUUCAGCCGCCAACCCUCGGCAACUUUCUCUCUUGGCGCUCAAGGAAGCGAAGCCUACUUUAUUUAUUGAUUUGGUUGGUUGGUUGGUUCCCGGGCCGUGGGAGGCGAUCCGACGGCGCUUUUUAUGCCCGCGGUGACCCAUUUCGUCGCUUGCCUCUCGCCCCGCUGCUCUCGCUUGUCUCCGGCUAGAGAUUCCGGCUGAUUUUUCUCCCGAGCUGCGGCAGCGAGCACCGGGGAACCCUCCCGCUCCAGCCUCCCCCGCCCUACUACAUCAACAGCCCCGCGCUUCCCAUUCCCGCUGGAAGCAGGCAGGCCACGCGAGCGAGCAGGCGCGCGAGGCCCCCCGAUGAUCUGAGGGGAGUCGGGAGGCGCCAAACUGCGCCCAGCCGUCCUUCCUCCCUCCCGGCUAAGGGUGGGAGCGCCUGAGACGCUGCUGGGAGAAUGUCCCCUUCGGGUCGCCGGGACAGCAAGUUUCAAGGCAAAACGGCGCUGCUGGAAUCGGUGCGCCUGCAACUUAAUGCUCUCCGAGAAGCCUGCGUUACCGGCAGCAGCAGCAGCAGCAGCAGCGGGCGCCACCGCCAUCCCCCGGUGUCCAGCGUCCUCCUCGGGAGGCUCGCGGCCGUUUGCGCGUCUCUCCCGAGCUUCUCUUUUCGUCCCUCACGGGACUGCGCUGCCAGCGCUGGGAGGAAGCCGGAGCCCGGCAUGCGGCGUCCCCUCACACCAUGAGAAACAGCGGGCGCAGAAAUAGCCGCGGCGACAGCUCCACCAACAAGCCCGGGUUCAAAAAAGCGGCGGAGCCCCAUUUCCCCGACGCAUUGGCGUGCGUCAGGGAGCGUUUACCCGGCCUUUGGCAGGAGGGAAAAAGCCGCAGAAGCUCAGGGGACAGUGGUCGAAUCAAACUCGAGAGCGGCGAGGGGGACAGUCCGCGCAGCCUGGUCGCCACCGCGGAUAGCAGCAGCAGCAGCAGCGGCGUUGGCGUUGGCGUUUGGCGCCUCCUGGACACACGCGCCCACCUCUCCUCCCGGCACGGGCACCCCAGAAAACGCUGUUCAGACAAUCUGAUGGAUGAGGAUGAGAAAGACAGGGCAAAGAGGGCUUCACGUAAUAAGUCUGAAAAGAAGAGACGUGACCAGUUCAAUGUUCUCAUUAAGGAGCUCAGCUCAAUGCUUCCAGGAAAUACAUGUAAAAUGGACAAAACUACAGUUCUUGAAAAAGUCAUUGGCUUUCUCCAGAAACAUAAUGAAUUUUCAGUGCAGACAGAACUUUGUGAUAUUCAUCAGGAAUGGAAGCCCUCUUUUCUCAGCAAUGAAGAAUUCACUCAACUGAUGUUGGAGGCACUGGAUGGAUUUAUUAUAGCAGUCACCACUGAUGGAAGCAUCAUGUAUGUUUCUGAUAGCAUCACACCUCUUCUUGGACAUUUGCCGUCUGAAGUCAUGGAUCAAAAUUUGUUAAAAUUCCUCCCUGAACAAGAACAUUCAGAUAUUUAUAAAAUAUUAUCAUCUCACAUGCUUCUAAUGGAUACUAUUUCAUCGGAUUAUCUAAAAUGUAAUGAAGAUUUAGAAUUUUACUGCCAUCUUCUGCGAGGAAGUCUGAAUCCAAAGGAUUUUCCAACAUAUGAAUACAUAAAAUUUGUAGGGAAUUUUCUAUCUUACAAUCAUGUGCCUCUAUCUGACUGUCACAGCUCUGAAGAUGCUGUUCCUAGGGGUUACGGAACACCACAAGGAAAACAAAUCUGCUUUGUUGCUACUGUUCGGAUGGCCACCCCUCAGUUCUUAAAGGAAAUGUGCAUUGUUGAAGAAUCUUUAGAGGAAUUCACUUCAAGACACAGUUUGGAAUGGAAAUUUUUAUUUCUGGAUCACAGAGCCCCACCAAUUAUAGGAUAUUUGCCUUUUGAAGUGCUGGGAACCUCUGGCUAUGAUUACUAUCAUAUAGACGACCUACAGCUCUUGGCAAGAUGCCAUGAACACUUGAUGCAAUUUGGCAAAGGGAAAUCUUGCUGCUAUCGAUUUCUGACCAAAGGACAGCAAUGGAUCUGGCUACAAACGCAUUACUAUAUCACCUACCACCAAUGGAACUCAAAACCGGAAUUCAUUGUGUGCACUCAUACAGUGCUGAGUUAUGCAGAUGUUCGAGUGGAAAGGCAGCAAAAUCUGAUUUUAGAAGAUGUACCUACAGAUAUCAUCUCUUCAGUAUUAAAGGACAAUGUCCCAGAUUUGACUCCUCAACAGCAUUUUAAAUCACUUGAAUUAGACACAGCGGUUCUCAACAGCCAGAUAUUUUCUAUGUCUUCUCAAGGUUUACAAAAAUCUUUGCCUUCAUCCUUGCCUGAAAUAGCAUCCACAAUAACAAAGCCUAUCCCAGAGUCUUCCUCACUGCAAAGAUCACAGCAGAACUUACCAAAAUCAAGGUCUAACCUACCUGGUACAGCUCAAUUUACUAUGUUCCAAACCAUCAAGAACCAACUUGAGCAGCGGACUCGUAUAUUGCAAGCCAACAUUCAGUGGCAGCAGGAAGAGCUACAGAAAAUCCAAAAACAGCUUUGCAUGGUACAAGAUUCUGGUAUACAGGAUAAGAAAUCUGUGAGUACCUCAGAAGAGAUUCAAGAGAGUUGUAAUUCUUCUGGCAAUUUAACCUCACCCUUGAGCAAUACUUCAGUGCUCUCACCAUCUUUGGCUAUAGCACCAUCUCCUGCUAUUUCACAGGAUAGCAGCCUCCAGCACAGCCUUACAGAUAUGGGCCAUGAUCGACAACUAAGACUGCUACUUAGUCAACCUGUUCAGCCAAUGGUGCCUGGAUCCUGUCAUGCAAGGGUGACAGAUGUUGAUGCAGCUGGACACAGCGAAAAGUAUUUUCAAAAAAUACAAUCUUGCCAAGGUUUGGAAGCACAAACUUCCAGCAACGGUACACCAGUGGUGCUUAUGAGACAAUCAGGAUUGCACCCAGGAUUCUCUGGAGUAUCACCAUCUCAACCCUCAUGUUUGCAAUCUAUGCAUCAACAUCUUCCACAGCAAUGCUACCUUCAGGUACAGCCAGCAAACUCUUUGCACAGGGAACAAGCAGAUUCUCUGCCUGCGACUCCCUACUCUCUACAAGAAGGAGGUAUCGAGUACCACCACAUGCCAAUGAAGCACCAACCUGCUGCCAGACGUACCAUGAGUUUAUCUGAAAAUUUAAAUGUGCAACAUCGGCAGUAGAUUCUGUCUUCUCUGUCAAUGCACACUUAACUUUAUUAGUGGGAGGGGAAUGUUUGUGUUAUAAAGAAUACUAGGACCUUGGUGAAAUAGUGCAAUAAAAUGGAAAGGGAACAUUUUGCAGGUAUUUGCACUAUUUUGUGGUUAUGCUAUGAAAUAAUAAGACUGUGAUGUUUUGGAUUCCAUUUACAAAGAGUGUUUCACAGUUAUGUGGGAGCAUGAAUGUAACACCUGUUUGCAACAUCUGAAUGGAACUGUCUCUUUUCCUAGGAAAGAUGUACCUAAUUUAAGGUUUUUCAUACUGUUGCUACACAUAUUCUGAAAACCUUGAUAGAUGGAGUCUAAAAUGCACAGCAAUAAUGACCACUAAUACUUAUAUGUACCAGUACCUGGUGUGCUAACUGGUACAUUUUUUCCUUGAAAACUCAGUUGAAUAGUUUAAUCAGAAAGUGUUCUGACCUCUCUACAAAAAUCAAGAAGUGGGAGAAACACUUGGCUUUCAUUGUUUAAUUUAAAAUGAAAACCAUUGGUUAGAAAAAUAUAUUCAGAUUUUAUUUUUUAUUAUGGCUAAUUGUUUAUUGUUUUGCACAACUGCACAAUGAGCAUAACUUGGCACUUUGAAUUAGGAAAAUUCCUGUUUCAGCAGCCAAAUAAGCAGUGAGAUACCGUAGAUCAUGCUGUCAUUUCUUUAGAACAAUCAACACAUCUUUAGUCUGUACCCUUUGGACUCAUAAAUUGCAAGUAUUAAGUUAUUGUCACCCCACCCAAUGUUUCUACUGUCAAGAAAUUACAAUUGACAGCUUCCUUUUCAUUUAGUAUAGUAUAAACAGUUAACCUAAGCACAAUCAUGCAGCUAUUUAUUCCAACAUAAAAUCACACUGUCCAAACUCUUUAUAUUUUUUUCUCAUAAUGGAAGUGUUUCUUCGCUAGUCACAGAAUAAACAUCUGAAGAUUAUGCACUGUGUCACAGCCCGUUAAGUGGAAAAAUGCUGCAACAUAUCUAGUUCAUGAUUAUAUUUAAAGUGGAAUUUUCCUUAAAGCGUUGCACUUUGUAUGCUUUACAUUAAUGUUUCUAAGAGAUAUUUUAUGUCAUUAUAGAAUAAGUAGUGUAAAAAAUGUUGUUGUUAAAAAAACCAAAACCCCAAUCAAUUUCUAUAUAAAAUAAAAGUAUAUGAGAAUAUGUGGAGAUUAUUAUAUGUAUGGAAGAUGAACUGCUCUUAGUUUUUUUGUAAUAAUUUUUAUUAGAGUUUGCAAAUACAAAGACUAAUACAAACUGAGAAAAAUAUUAAAAUUAAAGAAGAGAAAUAAAAAGAGAUAGAAAAAAGAAAAUUAAAAAGGAAGAAAAAACAAAGAUAUACAAAAGAUGACCCCCCUUCCUCCAGAUAGUAUAAAUAACUUCAGUAACUUAACUUCAGUAAAAAAAGUAUCCUUUCCAUAUCUCAUCCCUUAGCAAUAAUCAAAUUAUAAAAGCCCAUCAUUCAUUUCUAAUCAGCAAAAGUCUAUUAAAAGUUACCAGAAAUAAUAACAUUUCUA